AUGGUAGCUAGCUGUACGAUGUCAGCAACUUCUAUUGGUUCCUCCUAUCAAAUCCGGACAAAGGAAUAUCUCACUUACGAAUCUUCUUCUAAAGAUAGAUUAAAGAGUACAAUGGAGUUUGUUGAUUCAUACUACCCUGGAAGCAGUUUGCAGGUCGUGCCAGCAAAUAAAAAACAUAGUGGUUCUAUUUCAGCUACUGCUACGGAUUAUUUGCUGGAUUCACCAAGUCUCCAAGGUAGUUUAGAAUAUCAUGAAAGCAGUCAGUCGACUCUUGCUACUCCUAUCAACAGCUCGCCCCUGCCCCCAACUUCAAAAGGGUUAGCGGCCCAACCGUCAUUGUAUCCGUACCUUUCACCGAUGACAGUGGUGGCGCCGCAGGAGGGGGAGCCAAUUACAACUACAAUUGGGCCAUUUACUGUGUCAAUUCCCCCUCCAGAAAAUUCCGGGGUAUUCCAUCCAUCGAUGUCGCCCGUCAAUUGUCUAAUAACGCCAAUUGGUGAGAAUAAAAUCAUUAGCUAUUACGAGGUGUCGCCAAUGGCGAGAAUCAUAAAGCAAAUCGAAGAUGUCAAUAAACAGCUAUUAUACUAUUUUUCCGAAGAAAACCUCCCCAGGGACUCAUUUUUAAGAGAGAAGAUGGAUACAUAUGGAUACGUUGAGAUCGAGACCUUUUUACAGUUUCCAAGAGUCGUUUCUAUGACACGGGAGAUUCCAAACCGGGCUCAGAAGCUAAGGGUUCUUUACAAUGCAUUCAAAUAUUCAGAUCCUGAAAUCUUUGAGUUGAAGAACGAUACCGAAGUAAGAAUAAGAGGCACCUGGAAGAGAUGGGUUUGUAAGAUUGCAUAA